CUGAGGGGUUUGAAGCAUAAAUUACACUUGCGAGAAAAUGAAAGUGUGAAGGAGUGAGAAAAGCUUUAAGCAUCAGCUUGUCAGACAGACUUGGUGAUAUGAGUUGAUUCUCUGGACCUGUGGUGCCUAGAAAGUCACACACAGUCCCCAUUUAACCAAGGUACGGGUUUUCGCUCUGUGUUUAGUCCAAAAGUGGCGACUUCAAUAUAAAAUCGCGUACUGUAUCUGGCGAAUUUGGAACCGAACCGUCGAAUUGAUCUGAAUUCAACCAAGCUCUUGGGCUAAUCCGCGUCCUUCAGCACCCCUGCGCGCCUGAGAACCUUUCACGUUUAUUAAUCGCGUUUUAUAAACUCGCUGUGGAUCCUGACAGCGGGAGAACAAAUAACUGUCCCCCGCUCCCCUUUAGCAGAAGAGUCCCACUGAACCUUUCCCAACCGUUGGAAGGAUGAGGGCGAUCUGGAGGCUGGCGGGCAGAGAGCAGCUCAGGCUUGUCCUUUACUGUGCUGUCAUGUUCCUCAAAGUGGACGCAGGCAAAUCGGAGCAGGGCAAACCGUCUGACACUUUCUGCAUGUUCCAAGACAAGAAGUACCGGAUGGGAGAGAGUUGGCACCCCUAUCUGGAACCCUAUGGAUUCGUCUAUUGUAUAAACUGUCUUUGCUCUGAGAACGGGCACGUAGCCUGCAACCGAGUGAAGUGUCCGAAUAUUCACUGCUCCAGCCCCGUGACGGUCCCACAGCAUUGCUGUCGCCGCUGUGCACCAGACGAGCAUCAUAACCCGGCGACUGCUAAAAUCAUCGGCAAAUCCUGUGAAUAUAACGGCACCACCUAUCAGCAUGGGGAGAUGUUCGUGGCCGAGGGUCUGUUUUUGUCGCGACAUGCUAACCAGUGUGCCCAGUGUAGUUGCUCGGAAGGAAAUGUGUACUGUGGCUUGAGGACAUGCCCAACGCUGACUUGUCCAUUUCCAAUAACCGUGUCUGACUCUUGUUGUCAGGUUUGCAGAGGAGAAGGAGACUCCUCCUGGGACACAACAGAUGCAGAGAUAUUCCGGCCACCGUCCAACAGAGAAGCGAGACAUUCAUAUCCACGGACUCAGUAUGAAUCUCGGGGAAACUUCGGGAGUUCUGUUACCAAUUUGCCCAGGAUACCCAGUUCAAGGACACACCGUGGAUUGUUAACUGACCCUCAGCAGGGAUCCGGUACCAUUGUGCAAAUAGUAAUCAACAACAAGUAUAGGCACAGCAGAGUGUGUGUCUCAAAUGGAAAGACCUACUCACACGGAGAGUCAUGGCAUCCAAUUUUGCGCCCCUUCGGACCGGUGGAGUGUGUGCUGUGUACGUGUAACAUAACCAAACAGGAGUGUAAGAAGAUCCAUUGUCCAGAUCCAUAUCCGUGUAAAUAUCCACAGAAAAUCAGUGGGAAAUGUUGCAAAGUUUGUCCAGUCCCAGAGGUAUCAGGGUUUUCUCACGAGGACAGUAAGGAAGUGGGGUGCAAUGAAGAGACUGUUCUUGUUUAUGAGUCACUCUUGACACAAGAAACUGAUCCUCAGAAGUACAGCAAGAAAAUUGCUAUAAUGGCUGACAGUCUUCCAGAAGUAGAGGUCCAUGUCUGGACUCCAGCAAAGGGCAUUGUACACCAGAUAAAUAUGGAGAAAAUAUCGAGGAGAGACUUUGAGAAACAGGUUAACCUUGGAUCUUUCAAAUUUUUCACACAGACCACUCAGAGUCGAUGGAAAAUUUUCAAGGAGGGGGAAGAGCAAAUCAGCGAGCAAUGUAUGAACGAAGGAUGUAAAACAGAGUUAGAGGAUUUGCUGAAAGUUUUACAACUGAACAAGUCAGAGAAGGCACACUGCUGAAGUAGGGAGGAAUGGGAGUGAAAGAAGGUGAGGAGACAUAAUGUGAGAAGAUAAAAUUCUGUUUCUGAAAACCUGGCCUGUAGCUGGACUGCAGUGUGGCUCUGUUGAAAGCAAGAGCACCCUGAAAACCAAAAUGUGUAUCACAAAAAAAAAGUCAAGAAAGUGAAAUCUUUGUAUUUUCUUUCUUCAUGAGAAGGAAAAGUGCCUUUGGAGAUGGAAAGAGAAAGGAGGGUGGGCCGAGCAUGUAUUUAUUUGUAUUAUAAAACACUAUUGAAAUUACUUAUGUGAUCUUAAUUCUUAGAGUACAAUUAGCCUACCAAUGUAUGUACAUUAAUAUCCAUCACGUGUAAUGCAUAACUUGGUUUUAUGUAAAGUUUCUUUCUUUAUCCAAUAAGCCUGCAGAAUACAUUGACAUUAACCUUGAAGGUAUUUGUACUUUAUUUAUGUACUGACGUUGUUUCAUGCUUCUUUUUUUGA